AUGGCAUCCUCACCCUCUUCCGACCUGGCAUACGAGCAGCAGCCGGCGGGCGCAUGGCAGGAUGGCAACAUCGUCCCCGCAGAGCGCCUCGAGUCGACCCGCGACAAGUUCUUUCGCAAGAUGAAGGAGCAGCCCCUUGUCCCCAUCGGCUCGUUGCUCACGUGCGGAGCUCUGAUCGCCGCAUCCAACCACCUGCGAAAGGGCAACCGCAACGAGUUUCAAAAGGCGCUGCGAUGGCGAGUCGGCUUCCAGGGUCUCACCAUCCUCGGCGCAGUGGCCGGCAGCCUGUACUACAACCAGAAAGUCUCGACGCCCGCACCUCCUCCCGUCCCCUCGUCGUCCCCCGGGUCCGUCGCACCGGGCGUCGAGGACGCGGCAGGCGGCGCGGCGGCGCGGCAGACGAACCUGUGGCAGCAGAUGCGCGCCGACGAGCGCGCCGCCAAGCAAAAGGCCGGGUUUAACGAGCGCCUCGACAAGGCAAAGGCGCGCGCCGAUAGGGACGAGGAAAAGGAGCUCGAAGAGGCGCUCCUAGGCAAGGAGGAGGACGUCGUCGUGCCACCACCAACAAAAGAGAGGAGCCGGCCCGUCAUUGGCAUGGACGCGCGGAGGCAGGUUUGA